AUGGAGGGAAAGUCGAUGAUAUCAGAAUCACAACCAGAAAGCGCGAUUCUACUCACCAAAAUCAAAGAAUUCACUCGAGGUUUAUUGGUGAAUCUCAGCAACAAACACUCACCGAUCAUUCUCAUCGAUCGAUUCAGAAAUCACUGCACCCUUCCAGAUUCCAUCUGUUUCUGUAGUUCCAAUUUGCCGUGUGACAAGGAAGUUCUCACACUUUGCAAGGAAACGCACGUUCACAGACUAGAUGUCAUGUUGAGAGUUCUGCUGAUUGUUCAGAAGCUUUUGCAAGAGAACAAACAUAGUUCCAAGAGAGAUAUUUAUUACAUGCAUCCGUCUGUGUUUUUGGACCAAUCAGUUGUGGACCAUGCUAUUAAUGAUAUAUGUGUCCUUAUGCAGUGCAGUCGCCAUAACCUCAAUGUGGUUUCUGCCGGGAAUGGGUUAGUUAUGGGCUGGAUAAGAUUUGUCGAAGGAAAAAAGAUAUUUGACUGCAUCAGUUCUCCCAACACUGCUCACCCUAUUCCGGUUUAUGUCGAAGAAAUUAAAGAUAUCGUGAGUGUUGCUCAGUACAUAUUAGUUGUUGAGAAAGAAUCAGUUUUCCAUAGAUUAGCAAAUGACCAGUUCUGCAAUUCAAACCAUUGCAUUGUCAUCUCUGGAAGAGGCUACCCUGAUAUUCCUACAAGAAGGUUUUUGCGGCUUUUGGUUGAGAAUUUGCACAUACCUGCUUAUUGCUUGGUGGAUUGUGAUCCUUAUGGCUUUGAUAUCUUAACCACUUACAAAUUUGGCUCAAUGCAAAUGGCUUAUGACACGAAACAUCUUCGUGUCCCAGAGAUAUACUGGCUUGGAGCUUUUCCUUCAGAUUCUGAGAAAUACUUUGUUCCAAAGCAGUGCCUCCUUCCUUUGACUGCUGAAGAUAAGAGAAAAAUUGAAGCCAUGUUGCUUAGAUGCUACCUGCAAAGAGAGGUCCCACAAUGGAGGUUGGAGCUCAAAAUGAUGUUGGAGAAAGGAGUGAAGUUUGAGAUUGAAGCUUUAUCUGUGCACGCACUUUCAUUCUUGACAGAGUCUUAUAUACCAUCCAAACUUCAUGGUCAAGUUAACAUCUAG